AGGCUACGCAGUGAUACUCAUAGCCCUUUAUGUGGGUUUCUACUACAACGUUAUCAUAGCUUGGUCUCUGUAUUAUCUGUUUUCAUCAUUCACAUUUGAGCUUCCAUGGACAAACUGUGACAACAGUUGGAACAGUCCAAACUGUACGGAUCCCAAACUCUUCAAUGCAUCAGUGCUUGGCAAUGGUACCAAAUACUCAAAGUACAAGCUCACUCCUGCAGCUGAAUUUUAUGAGCGAGGAGUUCUGCACCUGCACGAAAGCCGUGGAAUCCACGACCUUGGCUUGCCUCGCUGGCAACUUUCCCUCUGCCUCUUGGUGGUGGUAAUCAUUCUUUUCUUUAGUCUCUGGAAAGGCGUGAAGACUUCAGGAAAGGUUGUUUGGAUAACAGCCACUUUGCCUUAUGUUGUAUUAUUUGUCUUGUUAAUACAUGGGAUGACCCUGCCUGGUGCAUACAAUGGAAUAAACGCGUACUUGCACAUAGAUUUCAGAAGAUUAAAAGAAGCCACAGUAUGGAUCGAUGCAGCUACUCAGAUAUUUUACUCCUUAGGAGCCGGGUUUGGCGUUUUAAUUGCAUUUGCCAGUUACAACAAGUUUGACAACAACUGUUACAGGGAUGCUUUGCUGACUAGCACCAUUAACUGUGUCACAAGCUUCAUCUCAGGAUUCGCAAUUUUCUCCAUCUUGGGAUACAUGGCUCAUGAGCACAAAGUUAAAAUUGAGGAUGUAGCCACUGAAGGAGCCGGUUUAGUUUUCAUCCUGUAUCCAGAGGCAAUUUCAACUCUUUCAGGAUCCACAUUUUGGGCUGUUGUAUUCUUCAUCAUGCUUCUUACUCUUGGCAUUGACAGUUCUAUGGGCGGAAUGGAGGCUGUCAUCACUGGCCUGGCAGAUGAUUUCCAAAUUCUGAAGCAGCACAGAAAGCUCUUCACCUUUGGCGUUUCUUUUGGCACUUUCCUACUUGCUCUUUUUUGCAUCACCAAUGGUGGAAUUUAUGUGCUUACACUUCUGGACACGUUUGCAGCUGGGACUUCAAUAUUGUUUGCUGUUCUAAUGGAGGCAAUUGGAGUUUCCUGGUUUUAUGGUGUGGACAGAUUCAGUGAAGAUAUCCAACAAAUGAUGGGCUUCAAGCCAGGCCUCUACUGGAGACUGUGCUGGAAAUUUGUUAGCCCUGCUUUUUUAUUGUUUGUUGUGAUAGUCAGCAUAAUAAAUUUCAAGCCUCUGACCUACGAUGACUACACCUUCCCUCUCUGGGCGAACCGCAUCGGCUGGGGAAUAGCAUUAUCUUCAAUGAUACUUGUGCCUGCCUAUAUUAUCUAUAAAUUUAUGAAUGUGCGUGGGACCUUCAAAGAAAGACUAGCUUACUGCAUCACACCUGAAAACGAGCACCAACUCGUGGCCCAAGGAAAUGUCAGGCAGUUUAAGCUUCAACACUGGCUAACAAUAUGACAACCAACAGGCUGAGGAAGAAGCCAAUGAUAAGCUAAACUGAGAAUACAGAAAAGUCAAAUUCAAAGCUCCCUCGAUUAUACUUGGACCAGGCUGGCUCAGAGCUCAUUUACUGACUCUUUGAGGGAAAACAUCUGCUCUCUGUUCUCAAUGCCUCCCUUCUAUUACUUGGCUUCAAACAAUCUUUAAAGACUCCGUUUAAUUUUUCUGACAUCCUUUGGUGCCAUGAGAGCCCUACAUGACCAAAACUUGUGAGUUUUGCUAUUGGUAGAAGUGGAGGAGGGGGGAGCAGGAAAAAAAAAAAAAAAGCAAUCAACAUAAGUUAAAUGCUCUUUUACUGUGAAGAAGCAAUUUAAGCUUUUCUGACAGUAAAAAUUACUUCAGAUAUUCAUGCCAUGACCUAUUUUAAACCAACAACACCUGAACCUUCCUAGAUCUAAGGAAAGAAUACAUUGCAGUUACGAGGAAAGAGCAAUUUUAACUAUGUACUAAUGUCAUUAGCUUUCUUGCCAUACUAUCCUUUGGGAUAUGAGUUUGCAUCCUUCUGAAGUGAAGACUCAGUGCUUCAUUUUCAGUGGUUUGUUAUUAGUUUCUUCUCUUGGUGAAGAAGGUUGUCUUUGCUAUGUGUGUCCAUGCCAUUUUCUGUCCAGUGUAAUUAUACAAGCUGAAGAGAGGCACGAACAGAAUUCCUGUUACAGCUACUAAGUACAGAAUAUAGUUUAACACUGCACUGUA